AUGAAUCCUUUGCGGCCACAGGAGACUAGGUGGCGCCAACAGAUGGCCGGAUUACUGCAACGCGCAGCACCACAACAAGCAGCAUGCUUCCCAUAUCCUACCCCUGUACAAUAUGUCAUGCCAAUGAACUAUCCAUACCACCAAGCAUACGGGAAUCCCCAGCCAACGCCAGUAUAUGCCAUCGCUUCACAGGAUGAGCACAACUGGGGAGACCAGAAUGAUGCAUGGGGAACUGUCAUAUACCAGAUCCGAGCACCUCCAACACCACCUGUGAGCAUCCCUAUUGCUGGUCCGACCCUCUGUUUCCCCGUCCGCUUCAUUCCUCCUUCCCCAACAAUGCACAAAGUGCAUCUCAGCAGGAAUAGCCCUGCUACCUCCACCUGA